GAUAUAUAUCAGAGAGACCCUCAGCAAUCAAAAUCUCUCUCUUUAGGGCUUAAAAAAGGAAGGAGAGAGACGAAAGCCGUACAAAGAGGGCUCUGAAAACCACCACUACUCUCUCGUAAAGAUCUAACCACAGACACAUCAUCCGCUUAAGAUGGAGAAGUACGAGCGUGUGGUGAAGAAGAAGGAUGAGACGCCGAUUGACGCCAACGAGAUUCGUAUCACUAGUAUGGGCAGAGCACGCAACUACAUCACCUACGCCAUGACUCUUCUUCAGGAGAAAGGUUCGACUGAAGUUGUGUUCAAGGCAAUGGGGAGAGCUAUCAACAAGACUGUCAACAUUGUAGAGCUCAUUAAGAGAAGGAUCCCUGAUCUUCAUCAGAACACAUGUAUUGGAUCCACCGACAUCACAGACACAUGGGAACCUAAAGAGGAAGGCCUUCUUCCUAUUGAGACCACAAGGCAUGUGUCCAUGAUAACCAUUACCCUAUCCACCAAAGAGCUUAACACAUCCUCCAUUGGAUACCAAUGCCCGAUUCCUAUUGAGUUGGUGAAACCGUCAGGCGACAUCGACUAUGAAGGAGGAGAGGGUUCACCUGGUGGCAGAGGGAGGGGAAGAGGAAGGGGAAGAGGAAGAGGGAGAAGAGGUGGCAGAGGAAAUGCAUAUGUGAACGUUGAGUAUGAAGAUGGCGGUUAUGAACGUAACCAGUCCUAUGGUAGAGGAAGAGGGGGUGGCAGAGGACGCAGCAGUCGUGGUGGUGGUCGAGGAGGAAGAGGAGGAGGGUACAAUGGUCCUCAGAAUGAGUAUGAUGCACCGCAAGACGAAGGUUACGGUUAUGAUGCUCCUCAAGAACACCGUGGAUAUGAUGACCGUGGCAGCUACGAUGCUCCUCAGCGUCGUGGUGGUUACAAUGGGGGCCGUGGCGGUUAUGAUGGUCCUCGGAGGCGUGGUGGUUAUGAUGGUGGUUAUCAGAGGCGUGGUGGUUACGAUGGUCCUCAGGGUCGUGGUGGUGGUGGUUAUGAGGGUCCUCCUCAGGGGCGUGAUGAUUAUGAUGAUGCUCCUCCUCAGGGCCGUGGGCGUGGACGUGGAAGGGGAGGUCGUGGAAGAGGAGGGGGUCGCGGUGGUGGUGGUGGAUUCAACAACAGAUCAGAUGGACCACCAGUCCAGGCAGUUGCUUGAGAAUGAGGUUUCUAUGUUACACAAAACAUAAAAAAAAAAAAAAGAAAGGCCAAGAGUCGUUUGAUGUUUUGUUCUAUCUCUCCUUGCUAUCUCUACGUUUGAUUCUGUUCAUGAAGAAGACAUGUUUGCCAUAAAGUGUAUCUCCUUUUUUGUUUUAUUCCAUUGAUCCACAGUUUUUUUUUA